UGGACUGGCACACGCGUGUGCCGCAGUAUUCGUGCGUCUGUGCGUUGGGUGCGAGUGCGACUCCUGCUAGAUGGCGUUCGUGUGCGCCUGCGCAUGUAUACGUGCGCGCGUGUAACUACUCCCACCGCGGUGUCCAACCUCUACCACACUACCGUUACUACCUUCGUCGUAGUCGUUGCUUCGAUACCAACACAGUCAUUGCGCGUUACCACCACGACGACAUCGUCGUGCCUGCUGCUCUUGCUACCACCUCGACGCGAGUUACCAAUACGAGCAAAUAUCCACGUGUGUGAUACAGGAUCGCGACGACGAAUGACGGCAGGGACACACGCUGUAGGUACACGAAGCGUAUAUACACACAACGAACGAUAGAGAACGCGCGAGGUGAGCGAGAGAGAAAGAGGGAGCAAGCAAGACCGAUGUUGGCCCCAACAGCCUCUCACUAGACAGUAUUACUUUCAACCGUUUAGCGGGGCCAAUGCUACCCGGCGCAGAGUAGUCAGUCAGCCGAGCAGUCAGAGUCAGCCGUCCGCGAAUACCGAAAGGACGCUCUCUCUCCGUUCACGAGGUAUCGUCGUCGACGAUCCAUACACGCGGCGAUUUCAAAUGUUUUCAUCGUUAUCCUCAAAGUUUUUGCUGCUGCUACUGUUACCGUCGUUAUCAUUAUUGUCUAUGUCGUCGUCUAUUCUGCGAACGGUUCUUCGUGCACCGACAGUACGUCUAUGACAGACUGAGGCGCGCGCGUAACACGGUGGGAUAUAAAUAAAAAAAAGUUUCGCCGAAGUGUGUGAGAAAAUAAUCGUCGUAAGAUAAAUAGAACAUCGUGCAACGAAGGAAAUCGAAGAAUAAGACAAAUGAAUAUAGUUUUUGUGUUAUGCUUUUUGACAUUUGUUCCGGGCGGUUACGAUUAGCGCGUCGUCGAGAGUAGCCCGAGAGACGUUACUCCCUGAUAAAGUUGUUGCCGUUGCUGCCGCAAGGACACAACACCGGUGUUGGCCACGAGCGGAGGAGUUUUACCCUCUCUCACGGCGCAUCCGAGUCGCACGCGCGUGCAACACUCUCUGGUGGGUUCCGCACGUUCAGUCGAGUCGUGGAGCAUUCUCGCUCGUUUUGUCGUUGUUAUAACGAGGUGAUGAAUAGACGAAAGCGUUGCAGUGUCGAGCAGCGUGGUGACCGUGCUCGUCGUCGUGGCGGACGAUGACGAUUAACGUAGACAGAUUCCGUGGACGCGGGGAAGUGUGCUCGUUAGUGUGAUUCUAGUGUUUUCUUUAUCUAUUCUAUUCCAUUUACACGAGGAGGAUUGGAUUAUACCGUGGAAGAGGUGUAUCUACCAAGGAUAAUGCUCCUUUGUGUCAUCGUUUAGCACCCCGAUUGUCGGUGAAUCGUCUGUACCGCGCGACACGCGAUCGUUGUCGUUUUUUACGAAGUUGGUAACAAGAACACCAUCAACAACGGCGGCGAUCGGCGUUGGGGUGCAGCCCGUGUUAUCAUCCGGCUAUCAUAGCACGGUGCCACCCCAGAACGGGAGUGGUGGUUCGACAUUUAGUGCCGCGGCGAUGGUGGCAGCUGCCACCGCUACGGCCACCGCCACUGCCAGCGUGGUGGCCAUGCAGGACCGCCAAGACAUCCCCUCGCAAUUCAAUCAGAUGCAGAGCCAACAUGGAAUACCCCACCAAACGUACAACGCAGGGUACGCCCAAAGAGGACCAAUGGCCGGAAUGGGGCCAGUCGGGAUGAGCAAUUUCAAUAGCAUGGGCACGAUGAGCCCGAUGCACUCUAUGAAUUCCAUGAAUUCGAUGAACAGUAUGAAUGGCAUGAACUCGAUGAAUCCUAUGUCGAUGGGAGGUAUGAACGGUAUGAGUGGUAUGAACGGAAUGACCCCCAUGAACUCCAUGAGUACCAUGGGUAAUAUGGGCAUGAACAAUAUGAUGGGACCUAACAACAUGCAGAUGAACAAGAUGAGCAUGCAGGCUCAGCCACACCAAGGGUAUCCGAGGAGAUUAGCGCCUUACCCACCCCCCGCGAUGCACAUGGCGCAAAAGAGGCAACAGGGGCCUUACGCGGGCCCGAAUCCGGCCGCGAUGCAACCGGCCUUUAACAGCAUGUCGACAUCGCAGUACCCGACCAACUACACCGCGGCAGCAAGGCCGAACUUCCAGCCUCAGUAUCAGCAGAUGCAGACUAUGAAUCCCACGGCCGCAGGCUUCGGGCCCAACACUAUGAUACGGACUACCACUAUGAGGCAAACCGCGCCGUCUUACAACACCGCCAGCCAGGCGGCAGCUAACCAAUACUAUGGUAGCAACGGUAUACCGGUUAGCAUGGGACCUACCACGGUUGGCAAUCAAUUCGUGGGUCACCAACCGAAUUCUGGAUACGCUGGUGGCGCGUCCUCGUACGGGGCACCCGCCGCGACGACCAGCCAGUAUCAACAGGAUGUGGCGUCGAUGAGGACAACGGGCGCGGGGAGUCUGAGUUACCAGCACAGUCCUAUCCCUGGCAAUCCGACUCCGCCGUUAACCCCGGCCACUAGCAUGCCCCCUUAUAUCAGUCCUAACCCAGACAUCAAGCCCAACUUCAACGAGAUGAAGUCACCCGUUAACAUUCAAAAGGACGAUGAGUUAAGAUUAACAUUCCCUGUGAGGGAUGGCAUCAUUCUUCCACCCUUCCGCUUAGAACAUAAUCUGGCUGUAAGCAAUCACGUGUUCCAAUUGAAGUCCACGGUGUAUCAGACAUUGAUGUGGCGGUCCGACUUGGAACUGCAGCUCAAGUGUUUCCACCACGAGGACAGGCAAAUGAACACGAAUUGGCCAGCGAGCGUGCAAGUCUCUGUGAACGCAACGCCGUUGGUUAUCGAUCGCGGUGAGAAUAAAACGUCUCACAAACCCUUAUACCUGAAGGACGUGUGUCAAGCAGGAAGGAACACGAUACAAAUCACCGUGUCGGCGUGUUGUUGUUCGCAUUUGUUCGUGCUGCAAUUAGUCCAUCGACCAAGCGUACGAAGCGUACUUCAUGGAUUGUUACGCAAAAGGCUACUCACGGCAGAACACUGUAUAACCAAAAUCAAACGGAAUUUUAGUAAUACGAUUUCCAAUAAUGGCAUACAGUCAGAAAAAGAUGUCGUAGAACAAACAGCACUUAAGGUAUCCUUAAAAUGUCCUAUCACUUUUAAACGUAUUACACUGCCAGCAAGGGGACAUGACUGUAAACACAUACAGUGCUUCGAUUUAGAGUCUUAUCUACAGUUAAAUUGCGAAAGGGGAUCUUGGAGAUGUCCUGUAUGCACGAAACCUGCACAAUUGGAAGGUUUAGAGGUUGACCAAUACAUGUGGGGCAUUUUGAACACUUUGAACGCCGCAGAGGUCGAGGAAGUUACGAUAGACUCGGUCGCGAAUUGGAAGCCAGCGAAGAAUUUAACCGGUAUUAAAUCCGAGGAAGAAAGCGAUUGCAAGAGAAUGACCAAGGCAAUGUCACCUGGAAGCAUGAAUAUGCCCACUAUGAAUAACUGGGAUAUGAAUCAGGCGAUGAGCCCGUACAUACCGCCUGAUAUGAGCAGUAUUGUAAGCGGCUCUAUGAUGAAUAAUCCAUCGUCUACGUACGGAAACAACAACAUUAAUCAUCGGAAUUCGUCGGGGGGAUCCUUCGAUAUUAAUACCGGAACGAAUACAAACACUAAUAACGAUUACACCAACGGAACAGGGCCUCUUUCACACUUAAACGAAUCGGUAAACUCUCUAGAUCCUCUCAAUGCUAUGGAGAAGUCACUUAACGAUCAGAUGCCCCAUACGCCGCAUACGCCUCACACUCCUCACACACCUCACACUCCAGGUGGCGGAAAUAGCGGUCCACCAAGUGUUCCUCCUGCAUCUCAGGAAUCUACAGGAAAUCAUAACACAUCUGGUAGUACGAGUACAAACAUAAAUAACGAUUCUGCAGAUAUACCAUCGGACUUAAAUUUCGAUCCAGCUGCAGUAAUAGAUGGCGAGGGUACAGGUCAGGAAGCAUUGAAUCUCUUGCCAGACAAUGUUGUGGAUCCAAUGGAACUACUUUCGUACCUAGAUCCACCAGAUCUGAAUACGCCUCCCAGCAGCGGCGCUAGCAGUGGUAACCCCUCAUCGAGUGAUGAUAUUUUGGCACUCUUCGAAUAAAAGAUAACUGACAUCUUUUAGAGGAAUAAUCAAAUUGCGACCCUGACGUUACGAAACAAAAGCGAUCGGCAGGUUUGCAUCUUACUACAAAUAUGUUUCUAAUCAGACGAAAAUACUUGUAGUGAGGGAUUUCAAAACGUAUUGGGGUCACUGUGGGUGCUUUCACCUAAUUCAAUGGUACAAACAAUCUUAGCUCUAAUUAUAAUAUUCCUAUUGACGAAGUUAGGGCAUAUUACUAGAUUUAAAAACGAUGACUUUUAAUUAAUAGCGGAACGGAGCACCACGUAGCGUGCUUAUUUGUAAAGAUGUUAUUGCACGGAUUGUGUUUAGUCCUUGAUAUUGGGAAUUUUGUUUCCAAUAGAGACGCGUUAUAACAUUGUGCCGGGCAUAUGUUCCAGAACUGAUCACCGAGUACCACAAUUAUAUUAAUUGUGUUCAAACGAAGGUAAUACGAAUUUUUUAAUACCGAACGUAGAGCAAUCUUUUCCAUGAAGAGUUUUACAUACAGAUUAAUAACUACGAACAUAUUUGUUUGAUACAAUAAAUGUGCGAUACGAUCGAUGAACUUACAUAUAUUUUAUACACAUUGCCAUUUAACCAUUUCUUCAUUCCGAAAUAAGUUUUUACAUGGACAAUAUUCAAAGAACGUGCUGCAAGAUGUUAAUAAUACUAAAGAGGUUGAUAUUAUUACGUUCGAUAGACAAACUAAUACCGUUUUGGUCAAUAAAUUUUACAAAUCGUAUAGCACAUUUAUAAAAUUUUAUAUUGAAAAUACGGACUUCCGAGUCCAACAUCUGCACAAUACCGAAAUAAUUUUAAAAACCGAUCAUCCUUAGUGUACCUUCAAACCGUAGGCGUUUUUAAUGGAUUUAUGAUUUUGGAAUAUUUGCUUGACAAAAUGUGCUGUGCUAUUUCAAAGGCUUCACUUUGAAAUUCUCGCUGCAAUAUGAUCUUUACCUCAAUACCGGUCUACUCACAUUCAAGGCUAUGAUGGACCUACAUCACAACAGAAUUACAAUUGUACAGUAACUUUUGUAAAUAAGUUUUAAUCGAAAAUAGAUAAGGCGUUCAUCUGUUGUGAAUCACCCUGCUUAUUGAUGGAUAUAGCGCAUAUAGUGUUCCUUUCCUUUAGAUGAUUAGUAACAACAGAUGAAAAAGAAUAAUCGAGGGCAUAUCGGGCUUCACACUGGAUACUAUGUAAUACUUUCAUACGAUGUAUCUUCGGAGUUUUUAAAUUAGCUGUAAAAAGUUCACGAGUAAACAAUGUUCAUUUACUGGAAAAUUCAUCGAUUAUGAAUGUUCUCUCGUAACUAUUACUAGCAAUAUUGCUAAAAAAAUUUGUGGGAAACUUAUGCUGGUCGGCAUAAUAACACAAAAUUUUUAAAAAUCAGUUCUGAGAAUUUAUCAAAAUAUUAACAUCUACAUAAUGUGAACAGAAUAUUUGUUCUAUACGAAAUCUCUGAAGAUACAUCAAAACCAUUUACAUAUAUAGAGUUUAUUUUCACGUUCUGAUAUAAAUAAUUUAUCAUUAAUGAUUCAAUUCGCGAAAAAAGAAUUACUGGUUUACUUAUUAUUUUUCUGAAACGCUAAGGGACUUUUAUGAUAAUUACAAAUUAAACUAACUGAUCUAAGAUCUUUAUGAAUGAAUUACGCGUAGUAAUGAAAUACAGAAAAUCAAAUUUUAUAAACAAAUCAAAUAUCACGCGCAAUAAAUAUAUACAGAAAUGGUUUCCCGUGUUCGAUUUAUAAACGUACAAAAAGAAAAAUGCUUUGGUUUAACAGAAGAAAAUAAAUUGUGUAACAGUUAGCACAAAUUCUUACUAAAUUGAUUUCUCAUUUAAUAAAAAUUCAAAUGUACUGGAAUUAUUUGUAUGAUAUACUGCCAGAGUGACACCGCCCAUGGCCCCCCUGCUUGCGUAGUAGUUAUUACAUUUAUAUCUUUUGUGAUUAAAAGAGAAGAUAUACUUAAAGUGAUUCAUGUAGAUUAUACAAAUUUUAUAUUAAAAUGUAUUUAUAUUCCAGCGUGCAACACUAGCGCACAUUGAAGGAUUAGAUGCGGUCAAGUUUCUAUUCGUAUAACUACUAUAACAUUACUGAAAAUAGGAUAAUAAUAUUACUUAUAUUAAGCGCGACUAUUGUAUAUUAUCUGUAUAUAUGAUAAAUAGAUUAAUAAUAUAAGAAAAGUGGCAGAUACUUAUUGGCCAGUUAUAAUAGUAAAAUGAUUAUCUUAAUUAUGUCUCAGAACCAAAACAUACAAGUGUUGUAUGAGAAUACUUUAAACUAGAAAACGUAAUAUGUAAAUGGCUGCAGGAUAAUAACAGUUCAGAUAUUGUACUGUUAUUUCUAAUAGAAUUAUUACUUACUUAUUAAAGACAUAAUUAUCUAAAAAAAAGUUUAUUCAAACUGUAAGCUUUACUUAGGAUUGCCAGGAAGUAGGCACGUGCAACAUCGUUGCGAUUGUACAUAGGCAAUGUCUACCUAUACCUACCUAAUAAUAUCCUAAAAAUACACAAUACACGGUCUUGGUUUACAAGUUGUAGAGUUUUAUGAAUAUCUGGCAUAAUUAUGCAAAUCUAUCGUUUUCGUCAAGAAUAUCUGUAUAUAAAUUACAAAGUGAAAUUGCUCCAAUUAAUUAAGGGCACUAAAUAUCACAUUUACUACUAUUAUCGCCGAUUGAUAUUUGACUGUUAAUUUAUAUAAAAAUACUUCGCAAAAUGACCUAUGCUUAUUCUAUUAAUCAUACAGAAUUUUUAUACUGAAAAGAUGACGAUACAUUUAAUUUUUGCAAAACCAAAUGAUAACACCAUUAACAAAUAAUAGAAAUCUUAAAUUUUAAUACUAACUUGAUAAUCAUUCAGAUUAUUAUAAAUCUCUACAACUUCAUGAUUAUAUACAUAUUUAUCUAUUGUUAGGAGGCCUAUGAUUUGAUCCUACAGUGCACCAUUGAAAACUUAAAUGAUGAAAGGUCAUGUGUGUUGUCUUAUGCAAGGCCUGAAAAGCUGCACUAAGAAAUUAAAAUAUUUUCAUGUAACAUGACACAGCUGUACCUACUUAUGGCAAAUUUAACACAUUUGAUGGAUCAAAUAAAGUGCAGAGUAUUUAAGUAAAUAAUAGGCAUUUACGGAUAAUCGAUAUUUUCACUUUGUCGUUACUUCAAUAUGCGAUAUUAUUUAACAAAGUUCACUGACAAAUUGAUAUAGUUUUAGAUACAAUCUGUCAAUUUAAAAUAUUGUUGUACAUUUUAGAUAUUUAUAAACCAUAAUUCUUUACUGAAGUGGACAUGGACCAAAUUUCGAUUAUAAAAAGAACGUUUAGAAAUUGAUAAAAUUUCGGCAGUCUUAAAUAUCGAUUAAAUGUUCAUAUAUUUCAAAUAUCCAACGAUUAUUUUGAUAUAGUUUUGUAAAUAUAAAAACGAGGUUGCUGUCUUAAACAUUGCUAAAGAAAAUCAAAAUUGAAAAUAUCGAAUAACCGAAUAAACUUAGUUUACAAUCAAGACCACAGUGUAUGUAGAAAAAGAAAUUGACAUACGUUUUACUGGAAAAAGAUUUGAACCUGAAACCUUUCGUUUUCUGGACAAUUACUUCAACCAAUUAUAACAGGCAAUAGCAAUCAUGAUGGUAGGAUAAGGAAAUGAUAUGUGCUGGAUUAAUUUGAACUAGUAAUUGUUUAGAACAGUUGGUCAACAAAUGUAAGGUUCUAAAAUGAAGUCCCAAUCCAGUAAACCGAAUGAUUAUAUUCUUUUCUCUCUUAUAACAGCAUUUUUAUACUGAUAAAGCUUUUAUAAAUUUACUUAAAAUUACUACCCAAAAACUGUUCAUAGAUCAUAUCAAUCUCAUAGAUAAGUAACAAUAUUUCAUUAAUCAAUACACAGAAUGAUUGUUGUCGCAUUUAUCAUGGUCGCCAUAAGUGAUUGGUACAGGCUUGUGUAAAAUACUAUAAAAAGUGCGCAAUAGAAGAAAAGAAACAAAUAUCAUUGGUUAUAUUCGUGUAAAAAAUUUUAAUACACAAGACCAGUUUAUAAUAUGUAUGACAGACACCACAUUGUUUCUCGAUAACAGUUAGAAACAUUCAAUAAAAAAGUCAUAAAAUAUUGAACGGUCGUACCAUUCUUGGAUCAUUUUUCCUGUGGCUCGAUCAUUCAAAAGGAAAUAUA